AUGACGGCGCUGCGCCCCCGGAUGGCGGACCAGCCUGGGUGGAAGGAGCUCGAGGAGAGAUUCGUCCAGGGGACGCUGCGGCCGAUGGCGGCCUUCCUCGCACAGGCGAACUCCUCCGAGGGCUACUCGCAGGGACUCCGGACGCUGGGGACGUACCACGCCGGGGCCCUGUACACGGGCUGGCUCCUCCAGGAGCUGGGCAUGGAGUACCUGGGCGACGGCGACGACCCUCGCGUGGCGCGCAAGGUGGAGGACCUCCUCGGCUUCUACCUGACACCGCCCGAGCCGAAGUGGCUGCCGGACGGCUACGAGGACGACGACGUGCAGGCGGCGCCCUGCGCUGCUCGAGUUGGUGGAGGUGAAGAGGAGGGUGCAGCCCUCCAGCCACUUCAUCGCGCUGCACCUGUCCGCGGAGCUCGUGCUCGAGGACGAGCGCGUCAAGAUCUGGCGGUCCGUGCCCACGAAGCCGCCCCGCCGCUCGGGCCUCUGCUUCAUCCGCGGGGAGAAGUUCGAGGAGCGCGAAGAAGGGUCUGGCGACGAGGGCGGGAUGUUGCGGACCGCGAGGCUGCGGGACUACAACCGCAAGCACCACGCAGAGGUCACCGCCUUGACGCAGGUCGCCGAGGCG